AUGGCGGUGGCCGCGCUCCUCCCCGCGGCGGCGGCGGCCUCCAAGAUGGCGGCGGGCGCGCCGCCGGCGCACGGCGACAUGGCGGCGGGCGUGGAGGUGGAGCGGGUGGUGGAGGCGCUAGAGCUGCUGCUGCGGCAGCCCGGUGAGGCCGGUGAGCGGGGCGACGGCGACGACGACGAAGACUGGGCGCUGGAGACGCUGCAGAGCAACGUGGCGGCGCUGGAGGAGCGGCUGCGGCGGGAGCCGCGCUGGGCAGCGCUGCGCGGCCUGCGCGCCGCCGUGCUGGCUGGGGCGCCGGGGCUGGGCGCGGCGGCCGAGCCGGCGGCGGAUCCGCGCUGGGCCGCGGCCGCCGCGGCGCUGGCGCUGCUGCUGUGCCUGCAGGAGCGGCUGGCGCAGCCGCCCGCCGCCGCCCGCCGGCCCGGGGCCGCGCCGCCGCCCGCCGCCGACGCGCUGAGCGCGGCGCAGGCGCGGGCGGUGCGGCGGGCGCUGCGGGCCGCCGUGGCGCUGGGGCUGCGGCCGGGCGCCGGGCCGCGCCUCCUGGCCGCCGCCGCCGCGCUGGCCCGGCUGGCGCCGCAGCCGGCGCUGGGCGCCCCGCUGCUCGCCCGCCACCUGCGGCCGCUCCUGGCCGCCCUCUGCCUGCUGGGCCACGGCCCCGCCGAGCGCACGCAGGGCGUCUCGGAAGAGGAGCGAGCCCAGUGCAGGGAGACCUUGCAGCGCCUCCUCGAUCGCGUCUACCAGCCCCGGGCCGUGCAGGAGCUGCUCGUCCUCCAGGGCGGACCCGCGCAGAGAUCGGCCUCUCCUGGGGAAGACGCAAAGCCGGCCCUCGCACAGGCUCCAUCGUGGCUGCGGCGCCUUUGUGGUCAGCUGCUCUCAGAAAGGCUGCUGAGACCCAACGGGGUCCAGGCGGUGGUUCGGGGCAUCAUGGAGGGGACAGGCGGUGGUGCUGGUGCCGAAGCAGCAGCUGUGGACUGGAGAAAAUGUGAUGCAGUUGCAAAGAUCCUGGCCACCUGCCCUCAGCAGUGUCUUUCCCUCGAGGAUUACUACAAACUUGUAUGCCCUCAGAUUCUGGAUUUGCUGCACAUCCAGGAUAAACUGACAGCUCGCCAGUUCCAGAGAGUUGCCACCACUGCACUUCUAACUAUGGCAAAAGGGCACCCUCAGCUGGCAGAGAAAUACCUGCUUCAACCCAUGCUGGCGCCACUUCUGCGAUGCUCCAGUGCUGCAGAGAUAGCAGUGGAAGAUUUAUCAGCAGGGACUGUUCUGGUGAAAGAGGCAGAGCUCAGCAGAUGUGUGGAAGAUGUGUUCAAGGUGUACGUAGUUGGAAACAACAGCUCUCGCCUGCUGCUGGAAUCCUUACAGUCAGUCCUGGGAGUGGUUUUCUCUCUCUAUUCCUUCACCAAGCAGAAUGUGUCCUACUUACGCUCACCGUGCCAGGAGAUCUUACUGUGGUUCUUGGAGAAGGCAGAGCGAGAGGUGUCGCUGUCUGUGCUGGAAGGGUUUGCGGGGCUGGAGAGCAGCGUGUGCCUCCUCCAUCCACAGUGCCAGCUUCGUGUAGGCAGCGAGGGCGGUGCUGUGGUUGCUGUGGAAGAGACCAUCAGUGAUGAAGAUGAGGCCCUUUUUCAGAAGGUUUCCUCAGAGCAGUGGCACAUGGAGAACUUAGUGGAGCUUUUGUCUCACUGCCAGAAGAGUGGUCUAGCCGGAGACUUCUUCAUCCGCUGCCUGAAGGCGCUGACUCAGGUGGCUGCAGAGGCUGAGACAGCUUCAAACGCUGCUCCCCUGUCUGCAGAGAGUCUCCUGGAGCUGGAGCAGCACCGUGCGGGGCAGCGGAGGCAGCUGCUCAUCCUGCAGCUCGUGGCCCUGCUGUGCGAGAGCGUCUCGGACACUGUGUUCACAGAUGUUGCUCAGGUGGUGGACUUCGUGGCAGCGACGCUUCAGCGGGCGUGCGUGAGCCUGGCGCGGGGUGCCGGCAGCGCGGUGGAGGCGCAGACGCUGAGCAUGGCCAUGGGGCUCGUGGCAGCCGUGCUGGGCGGCGCGGUGCAGCUGAGGUCGAGCGACUUUGCUGUCCUGAAGCGGCUGGUGCCCGUGCUGGAGGAGGUCUCCUCCUGCCACCCCGAGCCCAUCAUCCAGGAGCUGGCCACAGACUUGCGCAUCGCCAUCUGCACCCACGGGGCCUUUGCUGCCAGCACAGUGGGCGCCGCGGCCGAGCGCGUGCUCGGGAGGAAGCCGGAGCCGAGCAGGACAAGCCAGCAGAGCCUCACGGGCGCCACUGACCGAGCCUCCUGCCCGGGCACCGGGGCUGUCGGGGGGCUGCCGGGGCAUGCCCAGGGCUCUGGCCCUGCAGCUAGCUCAGCUCCCGGCGAGAUGAGUGAAGAGCAGAGCGCACACGGAGAGCCCCGUGCUGCCGGACCGGCAUCAGCGCAGCGCUCCACCAGCCCGGCUCCUGCUCAGCUCCAGGAGCUCCUUUUAUCCGCCUAUGACCCCCAGGUCCCCGUUCGGGCAGCAGCUCUCCGGAGUCUUUCCAGCCUGAUAAAGCAGCGGGAUCCAGAGGGGCUUCGGAUGCAGGAGAAACUCCUCCAGGUUUUCCUAGAAAAUUUGCAACAUGAGGACUCUUUUGUCUACCUUUCUGCUAUUCAAGGUGUUGCCCUGCUCUCCAACGAGUACCCAGAGCAAAUCCUGCCAGCGCUGCUGGCCCAGUACGGGAGCCCAGCACAGGGCACGACAGAGGCUGUGGCGACCAGGAUGAAGCUGGGGGAAGUGCUGAUGCGCGUGACCCGGGCACUGGGGGACAUGGUCUUCAAGCACCGGGACGCCCUGAUCCACGCCUUCCUGCGGGGGUCGCGAGACCCGGACAGCACGCUGCGGGCCAGCAGCCUCUCCAACCUGGGCGAGCUGUGCCAGAGGCUCGGCUUCCAGCUCGGCUCUGUGGUCCAGGAGGUGACCUCCUGUCUGACAGCCAUAGCCAAGACGGACCCCGAGGCGGAGGUGCGGAGAGCCGCCGUCCACGUCGUGGUGGUGCUGCUCCGGGGGCUCAGCGAGAAGGCCACCGAGGUGCUGCGGGACAUGCUGCGGGACCUGUACCGGCUGCUGAAGCACGUGGCGGCGGCGGAGCCCGACGGCGCCGCCGUGCUGCACGCCCAGCUGGCGCUGGAGGAGCUGGACGAGGCCGUGAGGAGGCAGCUCUUCCCCCCGCAGCGCCUGCAGAAGAGGAUCGUGGUGCUGCCCUAGCAGCGCUCAGCGCCGCGGCCGCUGCUGCUCCGUCUGCGCGGCCGAGGCCAGAAUAAAAGGAAAAACUUCCCAGC